AUGUCAAGAUCCUGUCGAGAAGACUGUAGUAUUAUAUGCGACAAUACGGCGCCCUCCGAUCUCAAAUACGAUAUGUUCUGCGAUGAUAAGUACUGCCCACUUCCGCAUUCGUUGAACAACACGCGAAUAAGCGUCGCAGGAACGCAGAACUUGACGAAAACCGCCUGGAAUGAUCGAAACUGUGACGCAAAACGGACAAUGGCCCGCGAAGCCGGAUCUUUGUGGUCGAAUUGGGAAAUUGGUUAUGAAAUCGGACGCUAUACAUUCAUAAUGAAGAGCAGGCCUGGGGUGAAGGAGGGGGCCCAGGGGAGCAGCAUAAGACGGGAAUCCCGAUCGCGAUGGAAAUCACAGGACGGCGAUGGCGACAAAAGGGGAAUCAGAUAG